AUGGAUGUUUUGCACAAUCGUUUACAAGAGUUUAAUGACGACGCCAAAGUCGAGCUCAAAAAAAGUAGUAUAUGGGAAGCGCUGUCUGAGGUUCAAGUUUCUUUUUUUUUUUCUCUAAAAUUUACGGCUUUUCUUUUCAUUUCUCGUUCUAAAAACUUUUUAUAGGUAGCGGGGCAAUGCGAAACGAGUUUAUCAAAUCUUGACCAACAAGGGAGACAUGAACGAGAGCGACUUUCGAAAAUUCAUGCAGUUUUGAAAAAGUAAUUUUUACAGCGGUCUCGAAUUCUCUCACCUUUUGCUUUUUUUUCACAGUUCUCGUGAAGAAUUAGGAAGUAUUUCACUGGAGGUGAAGGAACUCAUGUCUUCGUACGAUUCUUUUCGGGAAGGAGCUUUUCAGAUUUUGAGCGCCGUAAGUGAGGUCACAUGUUUACCAGAUACCGAAACUUUUUCAGCUUUCGGUUAACAUUGAGGAAAUAGUAGCAAAAUACGUUGCACUUCAGUUAUGCAAGAUGUAAGGCUCAAACUUUUUCCGCUCAUGACGGAACUUGGGAUUUUUGCAGGAAAGCCAGAGAGGCUAAAAUACGAGAAGCGUUGGAUGGAUGUUUUGAGAAAGAACGAUUAAUAAAUUCUCCAGAUGUUCUUCUGCAGAAAGUUCUCGCUGCAAAAUUUGAAAUAGAAGAUCUCGACUCUCAACAGGUUUUUUAUUUGAAAAAUUGAGUUUUCUUUUUUUUUUACAAAGGACUUUUCUAUUCAAAUUUCUUACUAGUUUUUUUAUGUUGCAUGCUUCAUGAUCACAAUUAGAAAAAAAUUAAAAAUAAUUUUUUUGAGAUACAAAGUUUGAGAUACAACUUAUAAAAAAAAUUAAGAUACAAUCUUUCUUUAGGCCAAUUUAUAGCUUUCGAAACAAUAAACUCAGUUACUAAUUCAUUUUACCGGUUAAUCAGUAGGCUUCCGAGUUGCGAGAAAAGCUGCGACCGCAAAUACUUCGAAUGCACAAAAGCGUCUUGAAGUUUUGCCGUUUGUCUAUUUGGAACAUUCUAAAAGACAAUAAUGUCCCGUCUGUCCAAUUGGAAGGUUGAAAUUUGUCAAUUCUGUAAAUACGAUUUUACUCAGAGAAAAACGUAGAACAAUUGUUUUCGAAAUUGCAAUUUUUCUUCGUGUUGGCGUUGAACAUUCAGUCUUUGGCUGAACUGGAGGCGAGCGAUUUGGUCAAGAUUUUCUACAGCUUAGUGAGACUCAUGUGCGACGAGUUGCUCUCUUCUUCCGAGAACGAGGAGAACAUUCCAGAGCUAUACUGGUUGGUCGAGUUAUGAGUAGUUAGUGGCUGUUGUUGAGGGUGAUGAAAUGCGCCGCUGAAUGGUGCGACAACUUAGAGCCUCUCAUUUUACACGUGUUCCGUUGCGAAGAAGCGAAGGUGCCCUCCGAAAGAAGUUCUCUGGAAAUUUUCAUUUUCCAGUCUCUGAGCAAUCUGGACGAUGUUAAACUUUCGAUUCAAAGUCAGAAGCGUCAAACACUUUGUUAUAUUGUGAAUGAACUGAUUCUGAGGAAAAAGAGCAAGUCUGUCGAUUUUUUUGCUCAGCUUCUACCGGUCCUUUCUCGACUCCGAGAAGGUUCAACCUCUCCGACUUCAACAAAAGUGUGAAAGUUAUAGACAGCUUGGCUGAGGACGGCGACUUGUUGGCUGUGGUUUGUCGUCAUUCGGGAGUUCUAGCGCGAUGGCUUUCAGUCAGUUUCUGGCGAUUUCCUGCAAAAUCGACAUCACUGUUUAUAGCUCUUCGUCGAAACAAAGUGCUACGAAAUCAAGAAACUUUUUGAAACGGAAAAAUGUUUCACUCUAAAUGAAUCGAACGCGGAAAAUACUUGGAACUGUCCUGCUCUCUCGUUCCUUACAAAUUUCAUCCAGAGGUUAGUUUUCUUUGAAAAAAAAAGUCUCUAGAAGUGGAUUGGUCAAAAGAAAAAUGAAAUAUAUCGAAUAUCAAAAUGAUGUAAUUUUAUAUACCUCCUAUUCAUUGGAUUUUGAAAUGUCAAAUUUUCGUAGAUCUCCAAAAUUUUCCUUCUAACAGAACGUUUUUUACUAGUCUUGAACUUAAAAAGGUAAGAAACUGUUUCGAAUUGCAGAUUUGAAAAGGAAGUUGCUUAUUGCGCCGCGGAUGAUGAUAAAGUGAAGGAAGGGAUUUACGAAGCUGCCGUUUUGAUCCUUACAGAGUACCACCUCAGAUUCCGCGACGUUGUCAGAAAGGCUUUUAUCGAAAAUUCCGAUUCUGUUCUGAACAUCGCUUCCGCUUCCUGGUCAGCUUAUCGUUCUACUAUCAUAAUCUCUUUCUUUUCAAUUCAGGGAAGUUUUGUCGAUUUUGAGAGUUUUGGUGAGCCCCUGGCCUGUAGCGACCGACGAUCUCGUUUCUUCUUUCGAGUUCUUUGCAUUUUUCUUUUCUGUUCAUUCUCUCGUUUAUUCAGAAGUUUGUAUGAUCGGGUUUGUAAGAACCUGCGGGCCAUGAUGGACGUGAAUCUCUCCCAGGUCGCCGAUUCCCAUGAAGCCUUCGUCCGGACCGGAAAGUCCUAUCCUGUGGACGUUUUGCUAACAAGAGCUGCCUUCCAAAACAUUUUCCAGUUUUGGGUGGAAAUCGUUUUGCGUUGCAAUAGGGUUUGUUUGAUUUUUUUUUUCGCAUCUUCCCAUUUUGUCAAUUCGAAAAAAGGAAGAAAAAGUUACCAUAAACUUUUUUUUUCUGGGAGUUUCAACAAUUCUUAAAGCUGGUUAUUUUGUGAGAUAUUUGAUCUUUAUCUCAAACAUGUCUUAGUUUUUCCGAGAAAAAAAUCCCUGAUUGGUUGACCAGUUUCAAACGUGUUUCAAUAGGUUUAUUUCAAAAAGAAACUUAAUAUCCAGGCUGCCAAUGAACUCCUCAACGAUUCGGCAAAUUACUCUCUCAGAGCUUUGAACAAGAUUCUGCGCUCUUGGAGCCAACAAGAUGAGGAGAAGUACGGCCACAUUGAAGAGUAUGGGAAGAAUUUCAUCAGAUCAAAAGCUGUGUUCUCAGGGAAAUUACUUCUUCCGAGUUUAGUUUUCCUGAAGCCGUUUAUAAAGGCGUCUACGACAUCCUUUUAGCCACCUUGGAAAGUUUGUUUUCAAAAAACGCCUUCUCAUGCGCAUCCCCUACGAAAAAGGUUAAUUUUUGGGCUUGAUAAAAAAUAAGUAAGCAUCUAUAGGAAUUGAUAAUACUCGACUCUUUGCUGAAAUCGAAAGCACUUAAAGAUUCGAAAGGAAGCUGGCUGAAGAUCGUUUCUCUGCAUUCCCUACAGGUUCCUCCCAUUCUCUUCUAUAAGCCCUUGUUUUAUCGCAGAUGUACGAUGAAAACGACGUUUCGGAACUUUUAGAAUCUUUAGGCAUUGCGGGAACUCAACAUGGUGACAGCUUCAUGUCAGUUUUUGCAUCCGAACCCCGUUUCACACGUAAUUUCAGGAUUCUGGCGGAGCAUUCUGGUGAAUUCUAGAAGUCACAUCCGUUUUCAAUUUUUUUUUUUUGCGUUUCAAAUAAUAUGGGUUUAUGUAUCGAUAGAGUUGUAUAAAGUAAAUUUUGAAAACAAUUGUUGCGUUACAUCAAUUGGUCAGAGCUGAUACUCAUACUUCAUCAUUUUCUUCAAUUUUUUUUUCAAAGUCUCAACUUAACUUCUAGGAAUGGCGAUUGUUUUGAUAAUGGGAUUGCCGGCAUCAGGAAAGACGACUUUUUGUAAGGAAAUUCUUGAAAAACUCGAUGGACAACGGAAAGUAGAGGUCUUCUCCUUGGAUGAAUUUGUCGAAGGUCGCGGUUUCAAAGAGGAGGAAGUCGCCAAGACCUGGAGAAAAAGAUUCGAGUUGCACGUCAAACAGCGAAUCACUUCUGUUUGGAGAUCUGAGACGCCUGUUUUGGUCCUGAUUGACGACGUCUUCUACCUGAAAUCCAUGAGACGUGUCUUCGAAAGAUUUGCGCGCAGCCUAUCUUCUCGAUUUUUAGUCAUUCAUCUCAAAUGCUCACUGCAAGUCGCGCUGAACAGAAACAGCGAACGAUCUACGGAGCAACGGAUUGCCGAUGACAUAAUUAUCAAAAUGGCUGAACGAAUAGAAAUCACAGAAGACGUCAUGGAAAUUUCUGGAUCGGCAGAAAAAUUUGAAGCAGUGAAAAUUCUCCUCCAAGCCUCAAAAGGCCUUCCGUGCAAUCGCUUAGCUGUCCAAUUGAAAGCAUCUCCUGUCAUUCCGGGUAAAAAUCUUCGUGAAUAAAUCGGCCUUUACCUUUAAAUCAUUUUUUUUUUCCGGCAACAGUGUUUUUCAGAAGCCGAAAAAUGGGAUGUGCUGACUCGGCGUGCCGUCACCCGAAUCUAUGAAACGAGAGAAAUCUUUGAGCUCAACGGAGCUGUGUUAAGCCGAGCACGUCGGAUGGUCAUGCAAAGAAGAAAAGAAGGGCAAUCAGAAACGGUUGAGAACAUUGCCAGUUUGGCUUCUGAAAUCCUUGCGACUUACAGAGACUUCUGCAUCAAUAAAUUCUAGGUUUUUGUUUAAAUUUUGAAGUGAAAAAAAAUCCUGUGUUUACAAGUUAUUUUUAAAAUAAUUAAUCAUUUUUUAAAAUAGUUAGAGACCAACAGAAAUUUAUUUUCCGAAGAAAAUUGUGUACGGUAGCGCACCUUGGUUCAUCUUGGUACGCAUUCACCGCACAAACUUGACGCCUUUCCAAGUUUUGAUAAGCUUUUAUAUGCAUUAUAGCUGUUCACGAGGCUGUCUUGGACGCGAAACUGAUCCUCACUUUUUCAGUGUUAUGAAAAAAUUUCCGCCUCCUUUUUUUUCCAUUUCCAUUUUCGUUUCCAUUUCAAUUUCAAUUACCGCGUUUUUUUUUCAUCCUGAUUUUGAAUUUCAUCAAAAUAGAUUAUAAAGACAGGAAGAGGGUUGAAAUACGUCAACCGAUCUAUAAAAAAAAGUAAAAUUAAAAGCAGUUAAUUCACGCCUGUUUAUGCCGUGUUCAAAGUAAAUUCGCGAAAUGCAAAAUGAUCUCUGACUAUCCAAAAUUUAGUUAUAUUUUUCUUUCUCUGACGGCUAUUUUGCAUUUCUUGAAAUUACUUUGAACACGGCAUUAAGGCGGCCGGUCGGAUUACGGUAGUCAGGAUAGGUUUUUCGUUAAUUAAAGGAAAGCGUAUGUACUUUUUCGACAUACCUUAUCUUGUGACUUCAAGAAAUAGGCCCUUAACAAGUUGCGAAUAAGAAGAAAAAAAAUUUCUGGCUCCGAAACUGACGGCGCAAUAUUGACCGGCCGCCGUAGCACUGUCUGCGUGUAAAGCUAUUUGAAAAGUCUGCGGAAAUUCUUCAUAUCUUCUGUGGAAUGCUGAUAAAUUCUUUUUCAAAAAUCGCGCUCUCCUCAAACACCCUUUUUUUUGAUGAUUAAUUUUUAUUUGGAAGGGUCUCUUGUGUUCGUUUAACUGUACGCUUGGAAAUAUUUUUAUAGGGAUGAACAAUCAAGAAGGGGACUCUGCGGCAUCGAAAACACUUACCCCGCAGGUAAAUUAAAUUUUUUUUGUUAUCGGAGAAAUAUGAAAUUAUUUUGAAUAACAAUAUAAAAUUUUUGUUCCUUUGAAUUAGAAACUUUUUUUUCAUUAAUUUUGAACAAGUUUUCCUCUGAUUUACUUUCAAUAAAUAAAAAACUUAGGAGGUGCAUUCUGUAUUUUCAAUUCUUUUUUAGGCUCAAACAAUGCCGCAGUCUGGAGGGCCGCCGGCAACUGUUCCACCCUCAGCACAAGGAACACCAGGCUCAGGAAGCCGAGCGCCCACUGGCGAAGUCCCAAGCUAUCGUAUGGUACGACAGCUGGACGGUCACAGCAAGUCGGUGGCCUCGGUGAAAUUUUCGCCUUGCGGAAAAUACCUGGCGUCGGCCUCCGCUGACAAAACUGUUCGUGUGUGGCAGCUGGAGGAAGGUCGUUGCGAGAAGACUCUAACAGGUCACAAACUCGGCCUCAGCGACUGCGCCUGGAGCAUGGACAGCAAAUUCAUUGUCACGGCCUCUGACGAUAAAACUCUGAAGGUAAGAUCAAAUUUACGGAGUUCAUGAAAGUUUUUAGAAAUGGAAAGAAAAAAGAUUAGACUAUUGCAACAAAAUAUUUUUUGACUUAUAGCUUGCGCGCUCCUGUCUGGAAUUGAUUUUUUUUUUCUUUAUUUUUUAAAAUCCAAUUUAUAAAGAAAUAUUUGUGAAUUUAUCACUGUGGUUCAGAUCUAUGAUGUUUCGACGGGGAGACCGGUGAAGACUCUCAAAGGCCACACGAAUUACGUAUUCUGCUGCAACUUCAACCCGCAGUCUUCGCUAGUCGUUUCUGGGUCCUUCGACGAAUCUGUACGUAUUUGGGACGUCAAGACUGGCACCUGCAUUAAGGUUCUUCCUGCUCAUUCGGAUCCUGUCUCUGCUGUUUCUUUCAAUCGGUUCGCUUUUCCUUUUCAAAUCAAACACUCACGAGUUUUUAUUUAGAUUCUCUUGAAUAGUAAUUUCUACGUAAACUUGUCACGUUUUUUUUUAGAAAAGUAGCCAAAAAUCUCCUACUGAUGAGGGUAGCCCAGCCGUGCUAACACGGGAGCUUAGCGGAUGCUUCCGUAGUAAGCCCGUGUAAGCACAGCUUUUGGAAUUUUUAUUACCACAGCUGAGGCAUCGUUUCAGAGCAGUUGGGGCUCAGAUUUUCGAAAAAAAAAAAUAACGCAUCUGUGUCAUUCAUUUCUUCUUUCAGCCGUUGUUUCCUCGUUUAAGCACAGCUGAGAAUCAAGUAGUCAAACAUACUUUUUUCAAUGCGUUUCUUUUUGAGACCCGGAAAAGUUAGGUGUACGGCUGUACAUCGAAUUUGAGUCAGAAAAAAAAAUAUGUGAAAAGCUGGUACGAAAAAAUCUUUUUUCCAAGUUUUGAGUUUGUUACCUUACACUAAGGUGUGUUCUGAGCAUACAUUGAAACUUGGAUAAAACUGAAAUCUUUGUAUAUGACCAAAGUUAUGACUGAUAAAAAAAAAAACUAGAAGCUCAUUUUUAAUCCCAAGUGGAAAUUGCUCUGGUUGAUCAAGGAAAGUUACUAUUUUUUCCGAAAAAUUUUGAACCGAGUUUCGGUUUUUCGCGAUUUUGAUAACAUCUUUUUUGAGACCUCGACCUCAGAUGGAAUUGACGUGAAAAAAAAUCACAUCUUAUCAUCCUAGUUUCACUCAUAAUUAUCUUCCUGAGUUAGAUUUAUUUCCUGGCUAGAAGCUGAGACUCAAUUUUUUCUGCAGCGAUGGCUCGUUGAUUUGUUCGGGUUCCUACGACGGACUGGUCAGGAUAUGGGACACGGCGAACGGCCAAUGUAUCAAAACCCUUGUCGACGAAGAAAAUCCGCCGGUUGCUUUUGUUAAAUUCUCCCCCAAUGGAAAGUACAUUUUGGCUUCGAAUCUUGAUAGGUAAUUUUUUUUUUCGACUUUUAUUUAUUUUCAUGUUCAGCACUUUGAAACUGUGGGAUUACAACAAAGGAAAAUGUUUAAAAAUGUACACGGGCCACGAAAAUCGAAAGUAUUGCAUAUUUGGAAACUUCAGCGUCACCGGCGGAAAGGUUAUCUUGAUUUUUCCUUUUGAUACCUGUUUAAAGUUUCAGUGGAUCAUUUCUGGAUCGGAGAAUAACAAGAUUUAUGUUUGGAAUCUACAAACAAAAGAAAUUGUGCAGGAACUCGAAGGACAUAACAGUGAGUGAGAAAACUCAUAAAUUUAAAAAUAGUAAGCAAAAAGAGGAAAAAGAUUUUUCUUGGUUAUUGUUCCUGAAGGAUUGUGUCCGUUGAACUGUGAAUAAAUUCUAAAAAAACUCCAUUAAAGUUUCAGACAUGAAGCUGUUUUUUUCUGUGAUUGAAAAAAAACAGAACAAAAGAACGGCAAGCUGAAUUAUUUUUCUUAAACUUUAAUAUCUCGUUUUUUUGUUUUUUUAAGAGAAGAAAUAUAUUUGCAGCGGUGGUUUUUGGCAACAGACUGCCAUCCCAAAGAGAAUAUAAUCGCUUCUGGAGGCCUCGAAGGCGACACUGUCAUCCGACUGUGGCAAAGCGAUCGAUAAAAACUCACUAUUUCUAACCAUUUUCCCGCCACGGUUAUUGAUCUCCCGCCAACUAUUCCGGAUUUAUCCUUCAUUGUAUAUUACUCUUGGAUUAUUUUAAAACAGUUUAAUAAACUCGAUGGACUCAAUCGGUUUUCAACAGGUUUUUCAAGGAUUUCCUUGGAUAAAAGUCAUAUUUGAUCAUGUGCUCCGAGUUUUUGAAAUAUUGAAUAGUUGAUUUGAGGGUUAUGUCGAACACGACACAAAUCGCCGCGCAAAUAGAGCAGAUUGCGGCGGAUCCACGGUUACAAGAAGAUCUCGCCUUGGUUUGUUGAAGACACGUUGAGAGUUUUUCCAGCAAAAACAGAAAUUGCAGCUGCCAUCCAACUAUUCUUUCGAAGUACCAAAAACUAUUUGGAAGAUUCGAAGUACGGGAAGCCAGUAUGGUAUGUAUUCUCAAAUCUUCUUUUCUAUAUUUCUCAAAUAUUUGCUGUUAAAAAAAUAAAGUUUGAGCGACAAAAAAUAAUACUUGAAACGGUUCUUCGAGGGCGGAUAAAUUUUUCAUGCUUAUUUUUUAUACUUUCAAAUGAGCAAGUUUUAUUGAAAGACUGUACUCAAAAAGAGGUUUGAAUCUGCUAUAAAAGUCGAUCAUGAUAUUUAUUUUGAGGCACAGGAGCUUCGAAAUUUUUCUGUUAUUUUUUUUCAGCCUUAUACAUUGCAACCUCGUGAAUUUUUAUUUUCUCAUUCAUAGUUUUUUUUUUAUCAACUAUUAUAAGAAAAAAAACUUCUCAACAUUUAAUUGUUGGAUCUGAUACAUCAAUUGAAAUGUAUGAAAAGUUUAUUAGCUGUUUGAACAGUGAAAUUCUACUUCAUACAGUGGCGCUGCAGUUCCCCGAAGGCCUUCUGAUGUACUCUUGCGUGAUCGCGGAUCUUCUCGAGAAGUACACGUCUUGCGACACUUGCAUCAUGGGCGACGUCACUUACGGGGCAUGUUGCGUCGACGACUACACGGCCAAGUCCAUGGGUCAGUGACGAAGGCCCUCAAGUGAUCACUUGAGGCGUUUUCCAGGGUGCGACCUUCUGGUGCACUACGGCCACAGCUGUCUUGUGCCUAUCCAACAGACUGAGGGCAUCUCCAUGCUCUAUAUUUUUGUCAAUAUUCAAGUCAACGUUGCUCACCUGAUCGAUUGCUUAAGGUGGGACUCCAUCGUCUCAAGUCCUCUCCUUAGAUUUGAAUAACGUUUUUUUCCUCUUGAGGUUUAUAUGAAAGGAAUGGGAGUUUUGAAGAAGAGGUUCUAGUUUCGAAAAUUGGAAAAAAUUUAGUUUGAGAGGCUAAGAAGUUAAAGCUUAUGGAUCGUUUGAUAUUGAUAAAUGAUAAGCAAUUGAGAAAUUUUUCAGUUUUUUCUUGCACACGCAGUCUCUGUGAUUCUCAAAAACAACAAGAGCAAGAAAAAAACAAAAAAAAAAUGUUUUCUUGUACCCCUUUCUUUUGGAAACUUCUGAAAAUUACAGAGGAUUUACUAACCUGUAUGUCCGCUGAAAUGAAACUAGACGUAUAUGUAGGGACCGCAACCCAUUUUCUCAAAAUGAUCAUACAAAUUUGAAUUUUAUGUUUUCUGUUAGCUAAUAUCCUCAAACAGACAUUCCCAAAAAAUUUCGGCAGUAAGUUGAAUGAACGCCGAGAAAAUUCGAUAAAAGUGAGGGUAUCUCGGGAACGCUUUUAGCACUGAACCGUGUGUCUCUGCAGCCAGGAGGGAAAAGGGGAGUAGUCUAUGCAAUUUUCGGGCGCGCUUACAAAUUUAAUAUGUUGCGAUGGAAUCGCCAUAUAGUCUGUUCAGAUUCUCAAUGUCAACCAGCUAACUCCGCCCCUGUUAAGACGGUACCUUUUCGCGUCGAUUUUUUAUCGCGCGGGACUAAUUUUGAUCUUUUUUGAUCUAAAAGAUAGAAAAAGAAGUCAAAAAUGCAGCCUUAUUAAAGGUUCAUCGUCAUCUGGAUAUAAAACAUUGACGCGAAAGAUAUUGUAGCCUUGGGGGUGGAGUUAGCUGCUUGACAUUCAAAAUCUGAACAGACUAUAUGAAGAACCAUAUAAAAACAAUAAAAGCCAUAAAAAAAUUCAAAGUUUAAUCGAUAGAAAUAAUAAGGUUAUUCAACCGAGCCAGUAAAAUUUCAAACAAAAGUUAUUUGAUAUGAAAAAACUUCCAAUUCUCGCUCUGAUAGUUUUUGUAACAUAUAAAAUGGGUAAUUUCUUGAAAUGAAGCUGAAAACUUCAAGUUCAUCCUGCUCCGAGCAAUGCAACAAGAAAAAACUUCAAAAAAGAAGCAAAGUGUAAAUUUCAUACUUUUGCUAGUUACGGUAUAUGCAUAGCUUUUCGCUUGGAAGCUUCAAUCUGAAAUCUGCGUUUUCCCUUUUGAAUUAGAUUUUCGGAAAAAUUUUAAUGUGAUAAAUGAUUCUAGGUUUUCUUUUCGAGAAGUGUGUCUUACUUAUCCAUUUUCUCUACUAAAUGACAGAUUUUCAUCUCAACUUUCACUUUCAAAGGUCGUCGAAUUUUAGAGAUAAUUUUUCCAACGAAUCGACGUCAGUAGAGCCCGGCAGCUCCUCAAAUUCUCAACGGUUGGCGAUUGUUAGCACUGUGCAAUUUUUGCCUUCUUUACAGGUAUCUGUAACUCUUUUAUUCUUACUUGAGCCGACUUCAGACCGUCCGUAACACGUUUAACGAGGGUCAGUACGCUGGAAAAGGCAUUUCGAUAGGAGUUCCUCAGUGCAAGCCAUUGUCUCCUGGAGAAGUCCUCGGCUGCACGUCUCCCCGUCUCGCCGAAGAUUUUGAUGCAGUCAUGUAAGACUUCUCUCCGAAUGAUCGAUUUUAUAUGUAUCUGUUAUAUUGUUAGAAAUCAGCGGGCUGAAGGACAAAAAAAAAUCGAUUUUGUGUUUGAGAGCCUCUUUUGAUCAUUUUUUUAUAGUGAGCCGAACUCCAAUAAAACCGCUCAUUUCUAACAGUUCAUCAUGAUACGUUUGCUGCUAGUUUGGAACAUAAAAUUACUUCAGAAUCGCGUCUAAGCUUUUUUAUUUUACAUGCUUCCGAUCAGAGCUGCCCGGGGCCUAAAUGAAAAACGCUUCGCAGGCCGGGACGCGUCUCGGCCAGGGUCGCCCUGCCUUGAGAUUAGCUCUGCUUCCGAUACUCAUCUGAAGAAAUCAUGGAAUCAUGACCCAAGCCAGAAUCGUCCACCCAUGUAAUUUUUCCAGCUACGUUGGAGACGGACGGUUUCAUCUGGAGUCAGUGAUGCUGCACAAUCCGCACUUGCCGGCCUACGCCUACGACCCGUAUUCGCGGCUUUUCACUCGCGAGCAUUACGAUCACAAAGCUAUGCGCCAAGCGCGAACAAGUCGGUCUUCAAGCUUCUCUAUUCAUGUUGAUUGACUUCUACCGGUUUCUUCAAAAAGAGAUUCGAUCCACAUAAUAGUGGAAAAAAAGGUUUUAUUUGUCCCAAGUUUCUAUUCAGAAGCAAUCAAGACGGCGACGGAGUGCUCGACGUUCGCAUUGGUUCAAGGAACCCUCGGGAGACAGGGGAAUCCGCGAGUUUUCGACGACGCAGAACGUCGCUUGAUAGCCGCCGGCAAAGAUUUUGUUCGUGUUCUUCUCUCCGAAAUCACACCUUCUAAAUGCUUUUCGUUCGGGAGCGACGUUGACUGGUAAGUUUUAAAAAAACGUGGGAAGCGGGGCGGAGAUAUUUUUAUAGAUAAUUUUGGAAAAGUGGUUUUUUUUUUCUUAGAAAAAAAGGUGAUUGUAUCAACAAAAAAAUUCUGAUUAACCAAAACACUCUUUAAAGGUCAUAUAUAUUCAACAACAAGUUGAGAAUUGAGACUUUGUGGGUGAAUAGGCCUAGGUAAGAGCUCUCGAAAUCAAAAAUAAAAUUCUGCUAAACCCCUCAGGCAACCGAGGAAAAGCUCGUCGAAAUUUUCGCAGCACGUAUAUGGUCGCGCUCGGGGCCCUCGGCUAGCAACUGGCGGCGUGGUGUAGUGGUAGUGGUCUCUCGAAGCUUGUCAAUAUUGUGACCAGGGUUCGGAUCCUUUUGGCGGAUAUCAUUUUUGCCGACUCAUUACUUCAUCAUUUUUCAUAUUUUUUUAAUAAAUUUUUUUCAAAUAAUUACAUUAAAAGUUUAUGAAAAUGUCAAUGAAAAAAAUAUACUGAUUGCAAAUACUCAUUCUUAAAAAAAAUAAAAAAAUAAAAUAAAAAUUUUUAUUUUUGAGUGUACAAGACUAAUGACAACCACCUGAACCAAAAAAAUUCCGUAAUGUUUUUUUAAAUUUGCAUUUACCUUCUGAAUUUUUGAAUUUUUCUUCGAUCAGAUUGUAUCCCUUAGCAAUUGUACAGAAAAAGUAGAGAAAAGAGUUUUGCAAUCAUUUUUUGUUUUUAGUGUCAUUUUCUUAUGUUUUAAGGGUAAAGAUUUGAUGAAUUUUUCAAAAAAAAAUGAAAAGGAUGAAGUUAUAAGUCGGCAAAAAUUAUAUUCGCCAAAAGGAUUCGAACCCUGGUCACAAUAUUGCCAAGCUUCGAGAGACCACUACCACUACACCACGCCGCCAGUUGCUAGCCGAGGGCCCCGAGCGCGACCAUAUACGUGCUGCGAAAAUUUCGACGAGCUUUUCCUCGGUUGCCUGAGGGGUUUAGCAGAAUUUUAUUUUUGAUUUCGAGAGCUCUUACCCAGGGCUGUCAAACCCCCCAUAGUCUCAAUUCUCAACUCGAUGUUCAGGGGAGACCAUACCCUAGUAAGCGUCUUAUUUGAGGCCGUUCUUGGGCAGGAAAUAAAAUUUCCAGUUGCGUCAAAACUUGUCAAAACAUAGUGAAAGACUUGUAGAACAGAAAAAAAAGGUUUUGUGAUCUACUUUGUUUUUUCAGAGUAGCUAAUUUUUCAAAAAAAUUUGGCUUUUAGGCGUUUUUGGCGGGUGUCGUUUUUUGACCAUGUUUUGAAAUCUCGUUUACUUGGAGAGGUCUUUAUUCUCUCAGUAAUGUGUAUCGGGUCAUAUUACGUAUUCAUGUGAAGUUUCACAGCAAUCGAGAUUGAUUGAAAAAAGUUAUUGUCAAAAAAAGUUUUCGUAUCUUUAUGAUCGGUACUGUAUACUCCAUCCCCGUCUUGACAUUAAAAAUUUAAAUAUACCAACGCAAACUUUUAUUUUCGAAGUUAUUAAUUUCCGAAGUUCGCGCUUGGUUCUGAAAUGAAAAACUUGUUCAAAAAUCAAAUUUGGUCCUAACCAGUGGUAAGUGACUAACCAUGGUAAGUGAUUUUUUUUUUCAAAAAUGGUACAAUAAAAUGACCUUUCUCGAGUUUUCAUAUUCUCAUUCCCUGAUCGUCUUCUGCGCAACUGAAGAAUGUGGAAGAAAUUUGCAGCUGGGUGCAAGUGGCCUGUCCGCGGCUGUCAAUCGACUGGGGCUCGCAGUUCCCCCGUCCGCUGCUGUAUCCGUACGAGUUGGCGGUGGCGAUGAACACGGCGUCUCUUCCACCCGACCACUGGCCCAUGAACUACUACUCCAACGAGGUCGACGGCCCGUGGGCCAACAACCACGAGUCGCAUCGUCCGCCGCGUCGCACCAAUCGGCGCCCGCGGAUAGUCGUCGCAGCCGAGUGA